UGAAAAUAAGCUUCUGUCAACCAGAUAAACUAGGCCUAAGGCAACCUGUCAGCCCUCCGCAUUGAUUUACCAAAGCCCACUCGAAGCUCUUCAAUUAAUCAACCCCACUCCCGCCCAUUAUGCCUGUCUUCUCGCGUGUCUUGUCUGUGAUACUCCGUAUUGCUGAAAUCGGUUUUGGUGCGGUGGUCGCCGGUAUAAUCGGCUGGUUCCUCCACAGGUUCGGUGACCUUGACAUCUGGCCCGAGGCGCGAUGGAUCUACACUGAGGUCGUCGCUGGAAUAUCCAUACUGUUUGGUAUCAUAUGGCUGAUUCCGUUCUCGUCGGGGUUCUUCACAUGGCCGCUGGACUUGCUUCUUUCCAUGGCCUGGUUCGCGGCCUUUGGUGUCCAGGUCGAUGCCAACGACCGACUCAACUGCGGCAGCAUUUGGCGUUGGGGCUCCAUAACGGAUGACACUUACUGUGGCCGUUGGAAAGCCGCACAGGCAUUCAGUUUUCUCUCUGCCAUUGUCUGGAUUGUUUCUGCGCUCGUGGGCAUGUGGUUCACCUUCCGCGUCAGGCGGCAUGCUACUGACAGAUACGGCCAUCGCUCUCGAGUCUAGACCAGCAUCAAGUCUUGGUUCAAUGCCAGCUCUUCGUGAUUUGGCGAAGAUCUUAGCGAAGAACACUCAUUCUCGGAGGAUCCAAGCGUUAUUGUUGCGCCCGCAAUCUACCGCAUCUUCUGUGUUUCUUUAUUUUCUUCUAUAAAGCUGCUCGUCUCUUCAGCUACGACGAAUGGGUCGAUGAUUUCACGAAGUAAUGACGCGAGCAUGAAGUUCUAAUACCCUAUGUGUUUUGGAAUUGGCAAUUUUUCCUUAUUGAAUUAUAUAACUAUUAUGAUGAAUUGAUGAUUUGUUUAUUAGCCUUGUGAUCAUUAAGGUAAUCUGUUGACAUACUU